GAUUGGACAAUGCGCGUCCGCCACGACGCAGGAAGGCCGCCUCAUUGGUCCGCGCUGUCGGGCUUCGGCGGCUUUUCUCUUUAGCGCUCAGGGCGCUGAGCCACUGCUCUUUCUCUUAAGUGAGUGCUCCAUUCCUUCCGGCACCCGGAGCUGCUGGCCCAAAGGGAUCCGGAGCGAGCUAGGCCGGGCACCAUGACCACCCUUGAUGAUAAGUUGCUGGGGGAGAAACUGCAGUACUACUACAGCAGCAGUGAGGAUGAGGACAGUGACCACGAGGACAGGGACCGAGGCAGAGGUGCCCCAGCCAGCAGUUCUGUGCCUGCAGAGGCUGAGCUGGCAGGCGAAGGCAUCUCAGUUAACACAGGCCCAAAAGGUGUGAUCAAUGACUGGCGCCGCUUCAAGCAGUUGGAGACGGAGCAGAGGGAGGAGCAGUGCCGGGAGAUGGAAAGGCUGAUCAAGAAGCUGUCAAUGACUUGCAGGUCCCAUCUGGAUGAAGAGGAGGAGCAACAGAAACAGAAAGACCUCCAGGAGAAGAUCAGUGGGAAGAUGACUCUGAAGGAGUUUGCCAUGAUAAAUGAGGACCAAGAUGAUGAAGAGUUUCUGCAGCAGUACCGGAAGCAGCGAAUGGAAGAGAUGCGGCAGCAACUUCACAAGGGGCCCCAAUUCAAGCAGGUUUUUGAGAUCUCCAGUGGAGAAGGGUUUUUAGACAUGAUUGAUAAAGAACAGAAAAGCAUUGUUAUCAUGGUUCAUAUUUAUGAGGAUGGCAUUCCAGGGACCGAAGCCAUGAAUGGUUGCAUGAUCUGCCUUGCCGCAGAGUACCCAGCUGUCAAGUUCUGCAGGGUGAAGAGCUCAGUUAUUGGCGCCAGCAGUCGGUUCACCAGGAAUGCCCUUCCUGCCCUGCUGAUCUAUAAGGGAGGUGAAUUGAUCGGCAAUUUUGUUCGUGUUACUGACCAGCUGGGGGAUGAUUUCUUUGCUGUGGACCUUGAAGCUUUUCUCCAGGAGUUUGGAUUACUCCCAGAAAAGGAAGUCUUGGUGCUGACAUCUGUGCGUAACUCUGCCACGUGUCACAGUGAGGAUAGCGACCUGGAAAUAGAUUGAACUGAUAGUCUAGUUGCAUAGAUUUCUCAUUGUUUGGGUUGGAAUACAUGUCAUUGUUUAUUUUUGUUCCUUCUUUGUCUUCUGGCUUUUCAGCCGUUCUUUGUAGUCCCUUUUAUUAUGCAUAAAAUCGAGAAAUUCUUAGAUUAAAUCAGAAUGCUGAAUAACCUUGUAGCUAGCAAUAAGGUGACUUACAAUUGUAUAAACAGGAAGCCAGGCUUUUGAACUGUUUACUUAAGAUUCUCUGGCAUGACAUCUCUGUUAUUGUUUCCAGUCAGUAUUUACAAAGCAUCCUAAAGACGGUGUCUUGGAAAUUGUCUUCAGAUGAUCUCAGAGGUCUCUGCCAAGUCUGAGAGUAUAAUUCUGUAGGUAGUGUGUUAUUUGCAACGUAAAUAGUGCAUUUUCUUAAUCAAAUGAUUGUAAAUUGUAUUUACUUGUAAUCAGUUCCAUAGCUUUAGACGGUGGUUAGAUUUUUUUUUUUUUCCCCACCAGGGUCUUGUUUAAAGGGGUGAGCCACCGCACCCAGUCCUGAGGGGUGGCCUCUGCUGCUGAUUUCAUGUCUUCCUCCAGCAUGACUAAGUCUGGAACAGCAGGAAGGGUCAAUGCUUACUGACCUGGUGAUGUUGGAAGACAAGUAGUUUAUGGAUUUAAACAUUAAAGCUGGAGUUGGGCUGGAAAUCUUUGUAAAGGAAGUUCUUUCAGUAAGAUGCCCCUGCUUGUCUUUGUCUCUUUUUUGUUUGACAAGGUAACUUUUUUUUUUUUUUUUUUUUUGAGACGGAGUCUUGCUCUUUCGCCCAGGCUGGAGUGCAGUGGCGCAAUCUCGGCUCACUGCAAGCUCCGCGUCCCGGGUUCACGCCAUUCUCCUGCCUCAGUCUCUCCGAGUAGCUGGGACUACAGGCGCCCGCCACCACGCCCGGCUAAUUUUUUGUAUUUUUUAGUAGAGACGGGGUUUCACCGUGGUCUCGAUCUCCUGACCUCGUGAUCCGCCCGCCUCGGCCUCCCAAAGUGCUGGGAUUACAAGCGUGAGCCACCGCGCCCGGCCGGUAACUUUUUGUUUAACCUAGUUUUUUUAAAAACUUUUUUUUUUUUUUUUGCAUAUUGGAAAAGUAAUUCAUAUUCAGUAGAGGAAAAUUGACCAAAACAGAAGCAAAAAUAAGAAAAUUAAAAUAAUCUCUAAUCCUACUACCUAGAAUAAAACACUAUUAAUAUUUUGGUCUGUUUCUUGCCAAGGUGUUUUCUGUGUAUACACGGAUAUUUUGUUUGUUUUUAAACAAAACGAUGGGAUCAUUCUGAACAUACUGUUUUAUAGUAUGGUCAGCUAAUAAUAUGUCAGACCUUUUUUCAUAUUAUUAAAUAUUCUACAACUUUUUAAAAAUGUCUAUUAAUAUUCCAUCAUGUAGAUGUGAUAUAAUUUGCUUGAUGGUUGUCUUAAAAAGAAAGGUAGCAAAUACUUUUUUUAAAUCACAAAAGUGAUAGAUGUUCAUUGUAGAAAAUGUAAUAAACACUGUUAAGACUUAAAGCCAUAUAAUUCCACCAACCAAAAUUAAUCCCUGUUGUCAUAUUUCUAGUCAUUUUUAUAGCCUUUUUUUCUAUGUAUUUAUAAUAAUUAUCAUUUGAGUUUUUUUCCUUUUUUUUUAACUUUAAAAAUAUAUAUUCUAUGGUCUGGGGAAAUGUAAUCUGGAAUUAAAUAUUAGCCUUAAAAUUCACAAUUUUGAUUUUCCUGGCUUUUCAGGAAUUGACUAACUGUAAAAGAGUCUUGAAAGUGUUUAGUCAACUAACAGAGUGCAUUUUUUUUUUUUUUUUUUUGACUAAGAAAGCUCAUUGUAGUAGAAAGGGUGGAAUGUAUUGAAAAUUAUUAGAAGCAGGGAACUAUUGUUAGUCUAGCUUAUUUCCUUUCAGUCUUUUUUCAGUAUUUUUAAAAACAUUGAGUACUUACUGAAUUUAGUUCUGUGCUCUUCCUUAUUUAGUAUUGUAUCAUAAAUACUUUGAUGUUUCAAACGUUCUAAAUAAAUAAUUUUCAGUGGCUUCAUAAU